AUGUCCAUUUACGGUGUAUUGGAGAUAGUUGCAUGCAUGUGCAGAGUUUGCGAAUUUCAGGCACUUAAGGAAAUUCUUUACAAAGCCUUGGAUGAUUUCGAAGAAUUACCAGUCGUUGAUGCUGUUACGGUUAGUAAGCACUUCGAUGAAUGUGACACUGUGUUCCUCGCUAUGUGUCAAGCUGAACUGGAUAAGAUUAACAAUUUCUUUGCAGAAAAGUUGGCUGAAUCGAAGCGAAAAUUUGCGGCGCUGAAAGACGAAUGCGACCGGCAUUUUUCGACAAAGCGUCGGGCUCCGAUCGCUUCGCUUUAUUUAAAUAGCCCUGCGGCAGUUGUUGAUGAGGAAUCUGCACAAGAUAUCAGUGUAUAUCGGACUGCUGAGGGAACACCAGAAUGCGCACAGAGUCCAGUUCAUCGCAUUAAUGAUAUGGACAUGCUGCGACGACGCAGAAAUACCUUCCGACUUAAAAAGGAGGAAAAGCGAUUCAAUCACCCAUCUCGACAAGUUGGUCAGAAUGAAGAGACACCUCGGCUUAAGACUUAUGACCUUAAACUCGCCUUAAGCGAGUUCUACUUAAGCUUAGUGCUUCUUCAGAAUUACCAAAGCCUCAAUUAUACCGGUUUUAGAAAGAUCCUUAAGAAGCACGACAAAUUAUUUCAACGUUCAAACGGUUUGGAAUGGUAUAGAGAUACGGUAUCUGAAGAACCAUUUCAUGUGGAUGAUUCGGUGGAUGCAAUGAUAGCUGAAGUUGAGGAAACAUUUACAAAACUUGAAGGCGGAAACCGUCAAAAGGCUAUGAAGCGUCUUCGAGUGCCCCCUCUUGCUGCUCAGGUACGUUAG